AUGAGCGGUGAGAUGGUUGCGGACGAAACGGCGACGGCGACGGCGACGGCGACGGCAACGGCAACGGCAACGUCGAAGCGAGCCAAGAUCGAUCUGGCCAGCGUGUACGGCCAGGCGAAGCCGCCGGUGGUGCCGCAUUGUCUGCGCGUGUGCGUGGACGAGUUGGUGGAGCGCAGUCGCCGGCAACAGUUGCACGUGUUGCCGGCGGCGCUGAUGGCGCUGGUGGAGAACGCCGCUGUCGUCUCCGAGGCGGGUGGGUCGGCGGAGCAGUUGGACGAGUUGCUGGACGCGUUGACGUCGUCCGAUGCGUCGUCGUCGUCGACGGAGCGAGCCGAGCCGACGCACUGCGUCGACCAACCGUCGCAUCUGCUGCUGGCCGUGUUGUUCGCCUUCGUCCGCCUCGUCGACCACGGCCUCGCCGUGCCCCUCGUCUACCCGGCCGCCGGUUGGCUGCUCUUCGGGCCGCCCAGUUGCCCCGACCAGGCGCGCCUUGACGACAAGCGCUUCUUCUCCGAGAUCGAGGUCUACCUCAACGAGUUGACGGCCGUCGAGCCGAUCCGCUACGACUGCUUCUGCCACGUCAUGUUGAUGCUGUCGACGUUGGCCAACCUCGUCGCCGACAGCACUCGCGGCGAGCCGGCCGUCGCCAUGUUGACCAACCACAUUCUCGCGGACACCUUCGCGCCCAUCUGCCUGUCGGUGCGUUGUCGCGACUGCGGCGACGAGAUCACGGCCACGGCGACACGGCCCGGUUGUCGGUUGUGCGUCGACGUCGGUCGACAUUUGCCCGCGCCCUACGGCAGAGACGUGCUCUAUCGCCUUUUGAAGUUCGUGCCGUCGGCGUUCUGGCAGACGCGGAUACUGUCGCCGCGCUGUUGCAAUCUCAUCAAACGCGAUCCGGACGAUCUGCUCGCCGAGAUCCGGCUCCAUCUGACCCGGCUCGACGCGACUCCGGCGCUGGCGGCCGACCUGUUCGAAGGCAAGACCAGACAACUACGCGUCGACGCCAAACCCGACGCCCAAGUCGACGCCGACGUCGACGGCGAGGGCGAGGGCAAGGGCGAGGGCGAGGUGGGGGUAGAGCGAGCGGAAGAGGUGGAAAUGGUGUUGCCCAUUGGCAGACCGGGUUUGUCGUUGCUGAGACGACGCGCGUCGUCGAGCGGCGGCAGCGUCGACGACGUCGACGAGGGCAAGGCGACUGGGCGGGGCAGGAGGCGCGUUGAAAUGGGCGAACGAGGCGCGACGGAGCAGAAGAGUCGGCGACGCGAGGAGGAGGAGGAGGAGGUGGAGGGAGUGGAGUGGGUGGAGGAGGGCGAGCUGGGCGAGAGAGGAGAGGGCAAGGUGGCGGGCGGAGGGGGAGUGAGGAAGCGCAGCAAAAGUCAACAGUUGGCCAAGUUGCCCGAGAAACGGUGGGCCAUGGCGACGGGCGAAGAGACGCACGAAGCGUGGGGAGUCGGACAGAACCACAAGUUGUCACGUGGCGCGGCCAAACGCCGCAUCCUCUUGCCGCCCGGCCAGAAGGCCAGAUCGCCGUCGCCGGGCGCCUCGGCCAGACGAGGCGCCAGAGGCGGUCGGCAACGGCAACGCUUGCGCCCG